AUGAAGCAGGAGCAGUCCCACGAAGGCGACUCAUACAGCACGGAAUUCAUAAAUCUCUUUGGCAAAGAUACCGCAACACACCCUAGCAGCAACAACGGUGCUAAUAAUAAUGGCAUGGGGAGCACGAACUCGUUGGACCAGUUUGUGGCAACAGCCUCAUCGUCAUCUUCUCUGGUGACCAGCAGCGAGAAUAGGCGCCCCCUAAUAGGUGACGUUACCAAUAGGGGCAACACUAACCUAUAUGACCACGCUGUCACGCCAGAAAUACUCUUAGAACAGUUGGCCUACGUGGAUAACUUCAUACCAUCUCUGGAUAACGAGUUCUCUAAUGUGGAUUGGAAUGUGAAUACCACCCAUAAUAAUGCAAACAAUAAUGGCGCGGACACUUUCAGCAGCAUAAAUGCAAAUCCUUUUGACUUGGAUGAACAACUAGCCAUUGAGUUGAGUGCGUUUGCCGACGAUUCUUUCAUCUUCCCAGACGAGGAUAAGCCGAGCAAUAACAAUAACAACAGCAAUAAUGGUAAUGACGACCAUAGCAACCACGACGUAUUGCAUGAGGACCCUUCUACCAAUAAUAGACAAAGAAAUCCUCACUUCUUGACUCAAAGAAGGAAUACUUUCCUAACUUCCCAAUACGACCAAUCAAAGUCUCGAUUUUCGUCCAAAAACAAAAGAAAUGGCAAUAACGGCGAAACAAACAACUUUGGCGACAAUAUGCAAAAUAACCAUCCUUUUGAGCCAAACUUUAUGGGAAGCCCUUCUCAGUUUCCCGCUGACGCAACUAAUAUGACAUCAAUCGACCAUGGCGGCUUCACAAAUGUUGACAUUACAUCAACUGAGAACAAUACUACCGGUGACAAUGGAGUGGAUGCGCUAUCAAAUCUACUACAUAGGACAACACACACACCGAACCGCUCCUCCCCCCUAAGCAAUGUCACUUCUGCUCAAAAUUCCUCUUCACAACAACGAAAACAUUCGGAAAGCAAAGUCGAUAGUAACAGCGAUAAUAACAGCUCCAACAAAGCCCCCAAUAUAACUGUUCCUGACUAUUCAAUUAUACCAACCUCUGUUUUAGUAACUCUAUUACCGAGGGUCAACGUGCCCAACGGCGCAUAUAACUCGUUGAUCAGCGCGGGAUUUGACAAUGAUCAAAUAGAUGCUAUAGCCGCAAUAAUGGCGUAUCAUCAUCAAAAAAAGAUUAGGGAAAAUAACAGUAAUAAUAAUAAAAACAUCAACACCAAUGACAGUCAAGAGGCACCCAUUCUAAAAAACAUCAACGAACUUUUAAGUGUCUUAAUACCACCCUCUCCGGCUGAAACUGCUGCGCCAACUACCUUAUCAACGUCGCCUUCGUUCAAUGAGCACGGUGUAGUAGCAGAGGCUUCUUUUCUAAGCUCCAUUUUGGAACUGGGCAUAAAGCAUCCAAAAAGUAAUAAUAUUCACAAUCAACGACAACCUUCACGAAACGAUCAUAAAAUAUCAAGAGAGAGUGACGGUAACAAUGGAAACGAUAAUGUCCAUCAUAAUAACGCUGUUAUUAAGUCAAGUACGACGCGUGGAGACGAAAUUGCCAAGAUACGAUCCGAGCCAACUUUAAAUGCAAGUUCUUCUGAUCACAAGGAAAAUAGUUUAAAAAGAUCACACUCCGGAGAUUUGAAAAAUAAAAAAGUACCCGUCGACCGCAAGUAUUCUGAUAAUGAAGACGAUGAAUAUGACGAUGCAGAUUUACACGGCUUUGAAAAGAAGCAACUGAUCAAGAAAGAGUUAGGGGACGACGAUGAAGAUUUAUUGAUACAGUCGAAAAAAUCUCAUCAAAAAAAAAAACUAAAGGAAAAGGAGUUAGAAUCAUCGAUACAUGAACUGACCGAAAUUGCAGCAUCCUUACAAAAACGGAUACAUACGUUAGAAACGGAAAACAAGCUUUUAAAGAAUUUAGUUCUGAGUAGCGGUGAAACGGAAGGAAUAAAAAAAGCUGAAAGCUUAAAGAAGCAAAUUUUUGAGAAGGUUCAGAAAGAAUAA